AGGUGUUGGGAAACGUUUGGAAGAACAUUGAUGUAUAUGAGGAAGAGCAGGGGACCAAGGACACUUCCCUGCGGGACUCCAGUAUCAAGUGGCCGUGUUGUUGAUGCUGUGUCUUUAAAGGUGACAUACUGAUACCUAUUAUUAAGCACUUGCAAGCUGUCCAUACAUCUGCAUUCAUUCAAGAUAAACCAAAUGAAGGACCACAGGCCAAAUAUUUCCCAGCACUAAAGACACCUAUGCUACCAAAGGAUACUUUUAAAGGCAAAACUGUGUUCAUCACUGGUGGUGGGACUGGGCUUGGCAAGGGCAUGGCUAUGAUGCUCAGCUCUCUAGGAGCCAAUGUUGUCAUUGCUGCAAGGCGACUUACAGUACUUGAGGCAACAGCAAGUGAGAUUUCCAGUAAGACUGGCAAUCAGGUUCUUGCUGUGCAGAUGGAUGUUCGUGACGCCGCAAAUGUAACCGCUGCAUUUGACUCGUGCGAAGCUAAAUUUGGUCUCCCCAAUAUUAUCAUCAAUAAUGCUGCUGGUAACUUCAUAUCGCCAUCAGAAAGGCUGAGUCCAAAUGCUUGGAAGACCAUCACUGAUAUUGUCUUAAAUGGAACAGCUUAUGUUACCUUGGAGGCUGGUAAACGACUUAUUAAAGCAAACCAAGGUGGUGUGUUUCUGAGCAUCACUACACCAUACACACGCAGCGGCUCAGCCUUCGUCUCUCCCAGUGCUUCAGCCAAGGCCGGAGUUGAGACCUUAACAAGAUCUUUGACAGCUGAAUGGGGAAAGUAUGGUAUGCGCUUCAACUGCAUAGCUCCUGGUCCUAUUGGGACAGAAGGUGCAUCUAGUCGUCUGGACCCAACUGGUAAAUUUAUGAAGCGCGCGCAUGAGUAUAUUCCUGCUGGACGGCUGGGUGAAGUAGAAGAGGUGGCUAAUCUAGCAACUUACCUUGUUUCUGACUAUUCAACAUGGAUCUCAGGAGAGACUCUUGCUUUGGAUGGUGGAAGUUUUUGGUACAAGUCUGGAGAGAUGAGCCGCCUCUCAGAAGUUACUGCUGAUCAGUGGGAUGUAAUGGAGAAACUGAUCCGAGGAACUUCAAGCAGAGAUAAAGCGCUCAUCAAGGCUAAACUGUAAAAUUUGUAUUAUAGACAGUGGGACUAGAUGGUGGAGAAUACAGAAACUUGGCUGGAGAAUUCAACAUGUUAGCCACCAUCCCUCAAGAGCAGUGGGACAUGUUGGCACUACUCAUUCGCCAGAAAAAUGAACAAUCUAAGGAGAAUAAAAA